CAUAUAGAGCAAAAUUUUAUAAUUAUUCUAGUAGUCGUUUUAAUAAAUUCCGAGACGAUUUGGUAAAGUUAUGCGGAUAGCAAAAUGAAUUGUUUGGUAGUGGAAUAGGCACUUUUUUUUGACGCCAUUCUGCCCCCUCUAAUUGUGGCAGCUUGUGGCAGCUUGUGGCUGAUGAAUCAAAAAUUUCCACAUCUUUUCCACCUGAAAGCCUCAUUCGGAAUUCGCCUGACCGGGGCAUUCCUUAGGUGUCCUCCAGGGUCGCCGAGACAACUUUGAAUGACCCGCAAUUUUUCUCCCGCGAAGGAAGCGCUAUAUUCUGACCGAUACUUUUUAUCUCUUCUAUUCUCUAUCUUCCUUGGUAUCGGCUGGUAAUCAAACAUCAUUCGAUCGUUUGUCGCUAUUCGCGGUUUCUUGCGCCAUUGCUCAACAAGCUCGGUUCUUCGGCUGACUUCGUCACUCGCAGUCGAACUUUUCGAGUAUUGUUGAUUCAAAUCCCUUUUUUGCUAUUGGGUGCACACCUUCAGAAAACAUUCCCAGCUACCUAUCAAACCCUAUCAAACAUCCUGCGAGUUCCAUCUUCAACCCCGCCGAACUUUUUGUUUUUAAGUGCCGUCUACGAUGUCGGGAACUAUGAGAGGUACACCCAGCCGUGGUGGGAACCGAACCCCGGCACCCUCGUCAUUUGGACCUGGUAGUCCCGCGAACUCCAACAUCCCUAGACCCGUUAACGAAGGCCAUGGGCACUCUCAUCAACCCGCCCCGAGUGAAACUGCCUCCGGUGUCAGCGCAAGCAGGCAGAAGCAGAGCAAGCGCGAUGAGGCUAUUAGGCGAAAGCUGGAGAGCGAUCUCUCCAAGAAGAAGCAUCACAUUACCGGUCGAGCCCGUCACUCGCGCAAAGCCCCUCCUGGAACCGUCCUCGCCCUGAAGCCGAGCCCUGCACUCCAGAUCAAGCCUGGUACUACUGUAGCAGAAGCCGCGCAAUUGAUGGCCGCCAAGAGAGAAGACUGCGUGUUAGUUACGGAUGAGGAUGAUCGGAUUGCUGGUAUCUUUACGGCCAAGGAUCUGGCUUUCAGAGUUGUCGGUACCGGUCAGAAAGCUAACAGUAUUACCAUCGCUGAAAUUAUGACCAAAAACCCUCUAUGCGCGCGCACCGAUACCAGCGCCACCGAAGCCCUGGAUCUCAUGGUUCGCAAAGGCUUCAGGCAUCUUCCCGUUAUGGACGAGAACCAAGACAUCUCUGGUAUUCUCGAUAUUACCAAGUGCUUUUAUGACGCUAUGGAGAAGUUGGAACGAGCUUAUGCAUCUUCGACAAAGCUUUAUGCGGCUUUGGAAGGUGUCCAGUCCGAACUAGGGACCAGCCAGCCCCAACAGAUUAUCCAGUAUGUCGAGGCUCUUCGGUCCAAGAUGUCCGGUCCUACACUGGAAAGCGUCCUAAAUGGGAUGCCACCCACGACCGUCAGCGUCAGAACCACCGUAAAGGAAGCGGCGAUGAUGAUGAAGGAAAACCAUACCACCGCCGUUUUAGUCCAAGACCAAGGUCAGAUUACGGGUAUCUUCACGAGCAAGGAUGUGGUUUUGCGAGUAAUCGCUCCCGGCUUGGACCCGUCCACGUGUAGCGUUGUUCGUGUUAUGACGCCUCACCCUGAUUUUGCGCCAAUGGAUAUGAGCAUCCAGGCUGCUCUGCGAAAGAUGCAUGAUGGCCAUUACCUCAACCUCCCGGUGAUGAACGACCAGGGCGAAAUAGUGGGUAUGGUUGACGUGCUCAAGUUGACUUACGCGACACUUGAGCAGAUCAAUACUAUGGGAACGUCGGCCGACAACGAAGGCCCCGCCUGGAACAAAUUCUGGCUUUCGCUCGAUAAUGAAACCGAGUCCAUGGUUUCUGGAGAUGGCAGCCAUCAUCAUCAUAGUACCAUGGCACCACGAUCGGUUCUGUCCCCCGACGUUAACCGCGAGCGUUCGUACGAUCCUGUUGCGCCUGGCGAUAGUGCUUCUCAUGUGGGCAUGGAAUCGUCGCCGAUUCACUCUGCGGUGGCCCAGCAAACCCCUGCUGAUAUUCCCUUCGCAUUCAAGUUCAAGGCCCCCAGCGGUCGCGUACACCGAAUACAGGUGGUUGCGAAUGAAGGCAUUGCACAGUUUGUGGAGACUGUGGCCGCAAAGCUUGGAAGCGAAGUAGAGGCCGUUGGUGGUAUUCCGGAAGUAGAAGAUGGUAACCUGAGUACCGGUGGUUUUGCCCUGAGCUACUUGGACGACGAAGGCGAUACAGUCAGCAUUACGACGGACCAAGAUCUACUUGAGGCCAUUCUGCUAGCCCGUCACCAUCACCACGAGAAAGUCGACCUGUUCGUGCAUCAUCCCGAUAAGUCACCCGUCACUGUUAUUGCUCCUCAGCCUGAUCCUAUUUCCACACCGGCUCCCAGCUCGGCUCCUUCAGAACUGCGCCGUAGACGAACUGUGGUGGAAGAUGACGACGAUGAUGAGGAUAGUGAAGAGGAGGACUAUGCGACUGUUAGGCGUCGUAGGAGGACCCACACGUACUCGGAGCCCGACCAGGUUAUUACCGGCGUGCCUAACGAGCUGUUAUUGCCUGGGGCUAUUGUUACUCUGGCCGUUGUUAUCGUUGGCGUAUUUGCCAUUUCAAGAGCCACUAGCCGAUAAGGAGGAGUUGCGUUUCUGGAAGUUGGAGCAUUGUUAUUGGAGUUGAGUUUUUUAUUAGUUUUUUUUUUUUUUUUUUUU